AUGGCCUUUAGAAGACCCUUCAUGAGGCCUCAGACCCUUAGGUCCAGAAAUAUACAGAGCCCGAUGUACCAGGAUGACGUUUAUGAAUUGCGUAAUCUUGAUGAUCUGCCGUCGUCACAAGCUAUCUGCUUGACCAAAUUUGCCAAGGUACACCCCCGAAACAAAGGCAAUAAGUCCUGGAAGCCUUUGCAACUCGAGAGCAUCGAAGACAGCGGUAGCAAGGACAGCCAAACCCCCAUGGCCCUCUUCGAAACGGGCCAAAGCAAGCCUCGCUCUCGAUUAUCUGCCCUUCAUCGUGCACAUAGUGGUGAGUGUAAUUUGAGCAAGCACAGUGAAAGGUCCUCAGCAUCCUCUCAGGUUCAUUCGCAAUCGUACAAUUAUAGUCCAGAAGUACAGUGUGGGGAAGAGGCAUGGCCGACAAAUGCAGGCAUUAUUCAAUACCGAGAGAAUCCUCUUAACUAUUCCCAGAACUACGAAAUCCCCUAUUACUACUCACAUUCACAGCAACAUAGCUGCAUAUCAGAGAGCCCCUUCCUGAGAAAUGAUGAAUAUCACAGCUCUGAGCACCUUCCUUGGUCGACAGAUCUACAUUCGAUCUCCAGUGGGCUGUCUUUCAUGGGUGUACCGCAGCCCAACCUUUACAACCAGAAUUUCAUAGCUGAGGGUAACAUCAUGACGGACUCCUCUCUGAAUAUCUAUAGCGCCAGUUUCGACACGCCGGACAACCGGUCUCCUUACGAAUCGGUACCUGUUCACUACGAUCAUGCUGUCGCUCAUGAGAGCUUAUUAACUCUACACCCAUCGCUCUUGGAGUCACAAGAAGAUCGAUCGAGGGAUUUCUCAUCUCUCUCAUGGGAUCCUUCUUUGGAUGUUGCGCACGAGCAUGUACCAAGCCCUAAGCCAAGUACACCUGUGAUGGAGUGUCAGUCAGAGACGUCGGCUUUGUCCUGCUCUCCACUUUCGAAUGAUAUAGAUGCUCCACAAAUACCUCGUGCUGAUACCUCAGGCCCUGACCGUGAUAGUCCUUAUCAAGAUGACAAAGGCUAUACUGACGAAGAAAAGUCGACCUUGUUUGGAAGGGCUGUGUAUGAGAAAAUUACUGCGGACCAGGACAACUUAUCGGCCGCGCAAAUGGAAGCAUACGAUGCACACAUCCAGGGAACUACGGCUAUGGACAGCCCACAUGAACGUGUUUUUGAUCUAAGCGGCGAGUCAACAACCACAGAUUCAGUUGAUUCGGGGGGAAUAGAUAUCAGAGCAACCAGUCAGUUAGGACUGACUGAAAAGCCGUUGAGGCUGUGUCCUAUCUGGUAUGAUUUUACUGAAAGAUGGAAGGGUAUUCCCGCGGCCGGCUUCUCAGGAUAUCUAAACCUAAUGACUAGCAAACGCAUAAGACCUCCACCUGGGCUCUCUGAGCCAGUGGUGCAUAAACCAACAACAUGGCCUUUGCCUUACAGAAAUGAUCCUCUAGUGACUCAGAAAAGACUUGAUGAAGCGAAUGAAUGGUUUCGCAAAGAUGCCCGAGGCCAGGAGCAACUUCGGGGGCAAGUCACAGACAUCGCGCAGAACUACGCCGAAAGAAUUGAAGGGCUUAGUGGAACAACUCGGGCGUUGCGGGAAAGUACAGCUGCAAAGCAAAUGAGCUUACUCAUAGGCAACGUCAUCGUUAAUCUACACUUCUACGUCUCUGAGGGCAAUGAGGGAGAUGCAGCAGAUUUUGCAAACUUUGAAGAUGUGGGCAGUUGUUAUUGCGAGCCCAGCCUUGGUGGACGACGCAGUUAUUUCGAUCGAGACCCCUCCGUUGAUCACUGGAAGCUUCGUUUUGGUCGGGCUCAUUCGACUAUGAGUUACCUGUCAGAAUCAAACCUUUCAUCGUCUCACGCCAGAGCUCCUUGA